GCACACUUGGCACGGAGCUCAGUUACUGCCAAGUGGUCAGUGUGAGUGGUGCUCCCAGGGCAGGACGAGCCUUCUGGUGAAUGGAAAGGAAGGCCUCAGCCGGAGAAUGUGCCCUCCAGUCAGAGCAUCAAGAUCAUCUCGGCAUGGAAAUGGAAGUGGAGGUGGAAGUGGAUGGAUUGAUGAUGGAGAUGGAGAUGGCAGAGGAAGUAAGCCACUCUAGACAUGAAUCGUGAAUCAGCGGCGCAUUCAACGUCAACACGUAAUCCCCGCAAGGACUCCUUCUCGUCGUUCUCAUCAUCUGCGUCGAGGUGGAGGCAUCAUAAUAAUGCCCCCGAUUAAAGAACAAAAAGCCAGGCUGAAGUGCUGCAAGUCAUUUGUGUGCUCAUUGUGCAAACAGAUCCCGGGUCCUUGUUCCUGGUUCCUGCGCCGGAAACGCUUUAAGAGCCCCGCCAGCCGAGGGCUUAGUGCGGGCACAUAAUGUCUGCUAAUAUUUGAAGAGUGCGUCGCAUUAAUUGACAUGAAAGAGUCACGAAAAAUAAAAAAUAAAAAUGCUAAAAGAAAAGGACCACCGAGUGCAGCCAACAGAAAAGGAUGUGCGCCUCCUAAUGAGUGCACGACAAAGCGGAGCCUUCUUGAUGGCAUGGUCAACCAGUCGAUGCCCGACGCCUACAAAGCCCGGAUGUUGGUGACUCGUGCCCUGAGCGUUUGGGAAUACCACUCGAAGCUGACAUUCCGCGAGGUCUACAGCGACCAGGCCGACAUCCAGAUACUCUUUGCACGGCGCCAGCACGGCGAUGGCUAUCAAUUCGAUGGACCUGGUCAGGUGCUGGCCCACGCCUUCUAUCCCUCCGAGGGGCGUGGCGGAGAUGCCCACUUCGAUGCCGACGAGACCUGGAACUUUGACAGCGGAACCCAUAAUAGGCGCGGAACCAAUUUUCUGAACGUGGCCCUGCACGAACUGGGUCAUUCUCUGGGACUGGGCCACUCCUCGGACCCGAAGGCGGUCAUGUUUGCGUGGUACCAGGACAUUGACGUGGAGGGAAAACUGCCCGACGACGAUCGCAACGGCAUCCAGGAGUUGUACGGCUCCAGGGAGAAGACCUGGGGACCCUACAGACCACAAACCACACCAACCACAACAACCACGACGACCAUGCGCACGAUGGUUUACCGGGCAGAUAAUCCGCCCUACCGCCCCUGGUACGAUCCCAGCAAGAAUCCCAACAAGGAACGUAAUUGGGCCAGGGAGCGCCAGGAGGAGGAGCGGAGGCGUAAGGAACAGGAGUGGAGGCGUCAGGAACAGGAGCGAGAAGAGCGGGAGCGAGAAGAACAGGAGCGAGAAAAGAAGGAGCGAGAAGAGCAGGAGCGAGAAGAGGAGGAGCGAGAAGAGAAGGAGCGAAAGAAGCAGGAGCGUCAGAAACAGGAGCGAGAAGAGAAGGUGCGACAGGAGCGGAGGCGUCAGGAACAGGACCGAGAAGAGCAGGAUAAUCGCCGACGCGAAAGAGAACGUGACCGCCAAUAUGAGAAAGAGCAAAGAGAGCGGCACGAGCGACAGGAGCGGUUGAACCGGGAACGUAAGAAUAGGGAGCGGUAUGGAGUCCGGGCACCAGUUACUCCUCCAAGCACGACCACCAUGAGACCCACCCGCAAGCCAUAUUACACCAUUGUUCACCAGCAGAACCACCACCAUAAAAAGCAGCGGAAACUCAAGCCGGACACCUGUAUGACUAGCUACGAUGCCAUCUCGAUGAUCCGCAGCGAACUGUUCAUCUUCCGGGGACCGUACCUGUGGCGCAUUGGAAAAUCGGGUCUGUAUCCUGGCUAUCCCACGGAGAUCAGGAGACAGUGGUCCGCUCUGCCCGUGAAUCUCACCCAGGUGGAUGCUGUUUACGAGAACCAACAAGGACAUAUUGUGUUCUUCAUAGGUCGCCAGUAUUAUGUAUUCAACUCGGUAAACCUGGAACCUGGCUACCCAAAACCACUUGUCAGUAUGGGUCUGCCGCCCACUUUGACCCACAUCGAUGCCGCCUUCGUUUGGGGCCACAACAACCACACCUUCUUGACCAGCGACACACUGUACUGGCGCAUCGACGACAAUACGGGGGAGGUGGAGCCUAGUUAUCCGCGGGACAUGAGCCUCUGGUCGGGAGUGGGCUACAAAAUCGAUGCGGCAUUCCAGUACAAGGAUGGCAAGACGUACUUCUUUAAGAAUCUGGGCUACUGGGAGUUCGACGACGAUCGCAUGAAGGUGGCCCAUGCCAGGCCUAAGCUGUCGGCGCCAAAGUGGAUGCAGUGCGCUCGGGGCUCUAACGAGGUGGACGACGAGCUGCGCUGGACGGCUCCCUUGGUAUCCGCGGAGAACGAAGAUGGGGAAACGGGGAGAAGCGGCUCCAGGGAGCUAAGGAUCAACCUCAUCCUUAUUUCGAUCCUUUUGCUAGCCAUCGCGACUUGGCGGAGUUAAGAUUAAAUAUGGAUGGUAGCUUAAAAAAUGCCUAGAAUUAAGAACAAUGGUUCGCCUCAAAUUUUUCACAAAAAAUUAUGGUUUUCGAAAUAAAAGCAGGUAAAGCUAGUAUUCAACGUCUCGAUUAAACAGCUGCUGCAAAAUACUUAAGCUAAAAAAAAGUGAAACUCAAAUAUAAAGACGACACCGAGCGGCCUUUUCUUAGAUUUAAGGCAAAUAAAUCAGUAGACCACAUAGUCGCACAUAGAUGACUAAUCUGCGCCAACUUAUUCGAUUUAUUUAUGGACACUUGCCAAUUGGGCACAGUGGCGCCAUCUAUUGGACAAAUAGCAGGGCUGUUUUACCAGAUCUAUACACCCGUACAUACAUAUAAGAAAAUGCACAAGACUAUAGUCUACUUAAACGUAAAAAUAAAUGUUUCUAUUUGUAUACAGAAAGCAUCGAAAUUCGAGACCACUACUGCCUUAUGAAUAAGUAAUAGCAAUGACUUUUAUUGAAGAAAGUUGGACGGUAUAUUCCGCUUUUCUUGUUUCGACGAACCUUUCUAAUUAUUUAUAUAUAAAUGUGAUAUUAUCAUAAAUUCUGAACGAUUGUUAACAAAAUGUAAACUGAACAAAACAAUAACCUUACCUUUUGGUUAGUUUUUAGUUAUAUUUACAUAAGAUACUUAAGCUGCGAACUAUAAUUUUCUACACGUUUUUUACCCAAACAAAACUAUAUAAAUAAAGAAAUAUA